UGACCUUACAAAUAAAAACUCCCACAUUUAUAACAUUGCCUUGUAAGCAGAACUUAAAACCUAUCACAGUCGGCCGUUAUCCUCUUUCAGAAUGAAUUUUAAUUAGAGUGAAUAAAUUGAAGCAGUUCACCACAACAUCAACAAACAUAUCAUCGUAUAAUGUAUCAUGAUGAUGGUGGUUAUGUAGGACAAUCAAUGCAAAAUUAUUCGACAGCAUCAAAUACAAAUUCUGGAACAAAUGGUGGAAAUAACAAUAGUAGUGGUACAACUGGAGGUGUAUCACCUUUACCACCACCACAAGCACAAUCAUCUGUAACCGGAAAUUCUAAUGCAUCACCACAAAUGUUAACAUCAUCGUCAUCAUCACAACAUUCACAUCAAUUAUCAAGUUUAGCAGUAGUUACACAUUCAAUGAUACCACCACCUAGUCCUUCACAAAUGCACCUUGUUGGUACACCACCAACAAGUGGAACAAAUAUAUCAGGUGGUGGUGGUGGUGGAGGUAAUCCUAGUGGCGGUGGCGGAGGUGGUGGUCCAAUCGGUAGUGGAAGUGGAUUAUCACAUCCAAAUUUAUCACAAAGUCCAAUGUUAUCAUCACCUUUAAUGUCAUCACAUUCACCAUUAUUAAAUUCAAAUUCACCAUUACUUAAUGCAAAUUCACCAAUGAUCUCUGAAUAUUCACCAUACGCUAAUAUUAUACCAAAUUCAAUGGAUGAUGUUGCACCAGUAUGGUAUAGUUAUCCAAAUGAAUUUUGUGCCUCAAGUUAUAGUGUUUUACCGAGGCAAGCAUAUGGUCCGGGUGGUAAAAUUGGACCUGGUAGUUCAUUAAAAAGUGCUAAAGAAACAAGAAUAAGGCGACCAAUGAAUGCUUUUAUGGUAUGGGCAAAAGUUGAAAGAAAAAAAUUAGCUGAUGAAAACCCAGAUUUACAUAAUGCAGAUUUAAGUAAAAUGUUAGGUAAAAAAUGGCGCUCUCUAACACCACAAGAUCGCCGCCCAUAUGUAGAAGAAGCUGAACGUUUGAGAGUUAUUCAUAUGACGGAACAUCCAAAUUAUAAAUAUCGACCACGUCGAAGAAAACAUACAAAAGCUAGAGCUUUACCAAAUGGUAAUGGUAAUAGUAAUAGUAGUGCAACUGGACAACAACAAUCAAAUCAAAGUCAUCAACAAUCUAGCCAACAACAACAACAACAACAACAAACACAACAACAGUCUAAUACUCAAUCGUCAAAUAAUUCUGGUGAUAUGUCAUCAUAUGAUAAUGAUACAUCAUCGAAUCGAUUAAGUCCAUAUUCAUAUAAUGGUUAUUAUAAUUCUAAUAAUUCAAUGCAUACACCGGAAUCAAGUCCAACCCAAAGUCCAGAACCACGUAAAUGUAAUGAUAUUAAUUCAAAAUUACAAGAUGUCUCAGCAUUACCAACACCAGAAAUGAGCCCAUUAGAAAUGGAAAAAGAUAAUUAUAUUAGCGGUGGUGGUGGUGGUGGUGGUAUAAAUAAUCACGGUGAUAAAUCUAAAUUACAUAGUACGGCAGCCUUUGUAGAUUAUAGUCAAUUAAAAGCUGAAAAAAUGCAGCAGUCACAAAAUUAUGGUUCAAAUUAUAUUAAAAAUGAAUUAGAAGCACAUAAACGUAAUGAAUAUGGAAAUAAUCAGCAAUAUAAUCCAAAUUCAAGUGAUAAAUAUGGAGAAAACAAACGUUACAGUUAUGAUACAACAACUUCUAAUGGUUUCAAUUCAAAUACUGCAGAUAAACGUAAUUAUUUAGCAUUACAUGCAACAACAAAUGCAACAACUAUUGUAGCUGGUAAGAAUAUGUAUGUUACUUGUAGUAAUCGUGGUAUUCUUGAUCAUGGACAUAUAGUCCGAGGGACAUAUUAUCCACCAUUACCAACACCACAAGAUCAUCAAAAUUUAGGUACAAUAAGUUUACCACCAACAUCAGCUUCAUUACAAUACUCGAACCAACAUUCCAGUUCAUCUAAUAACAAUUCAGUUCUUGCAAUGGGUAGUAAGCAAAAUUCUUCAAAUGGUAAUAAUGCUGGUAACGCGAGCAGUGAUAAUCAAUUAGAUAAUUUUUAUAUGCAAUCAUCUUCUGCAAAUAUAAGUGGUCCAGGCGGAGGUGGUAGUAGUGGUGGCAGUGGUAUAGUGUCAGCACCACUUGCUACAUAUCCAUAUCAAUAUAGUACAUACCAACCGCAUAUGUUACCACCACAUCCGACUGCCGAGGAAAUGGAUCCAAGAGAUUUAGAUAAAUAUAUGAAAUAUCCAGAUUCUAAUCAUAAUUUUAACGAAUAUGAAUAUCAUAACAAUCAGUUGUAUCAUCAUCAACAAGCAAUGAUUUCAGCUACUGGUAAUUUAGCAACAUCAACACAUUUUUCUGGUAUACCUGCAUAUGCAACAUCUAAUACACAUCCAAAUCAUCCACAUCAAGAUUAUUAUCAAGCAUAUAAUCAUAGUAAUCAAUCACCAUUAGGUAGUUUACCACCAAUUGGACAACAAUCUUUAGCCAAAAUGGAUGCUAUGAUUGGUGGUCCAAUUAAUUCAACACAUCCUGGAACAAAUAUAUAUCCGAUUAGUUAUGAAGCAAGCGAUACAAUGCGACGUGAUGAUGAAGAUAUAAGUAAUAUAUUAGCGGGUGUUAGAAAAACUUGUUAUAGCAAUUAAAAAUUUCUCUAUAGAAAAUUAAAAUAAAAUUUUUAUUGUACAUACUAUUAUUAAACAUUGUAGAUUUUAGUAGGUUUUUGUAUUUGAUAAGCGGACUGUUAAGAUAAUCUUGUCCAAUUUGUAAAAUAAAAAAUUAAACAUAAAAAUAAG